ACGUUAAACCGGAUUUCCUGUCGGCGCCAUUAUCAGAUUCGUGAAAAGUUGUGGAGUCACGGAUGCUAACCUUAUCUUUAAAAGUUUGAGUACCUAAAUUUCGCUUCUGUGGAAUACAUACUCAGUGAAAAUGUCGCCUACAGAUCCGAACAAAAUUAGCAAGGUCGUCGUACAUCCCCUUGUACUUCUUAGUGUUGUGGAUCAUUUCAAUAGAAUGGGAAAAGUUGGCAACGUGAAACGUGUUGUUGGUGUGCUGCUUGGUGCUAAUAGAGGCGGUGUACUCGAUGUCUCCAACAGUUUUGCUGUGCCAUUUGAUGAAGAUGAUCGUGAUAGGAAUGUCUGGUUUCUGGACCAUGACUACCUGGAGAAUAUGUAUGGCAUGUUCAAAAAAGUAAAUGCAAGAGAGAAGGUUGUGGGAUGGUACCAUACAGGACCCAAGCUUCAUCACAAUGACAUUGCCAUCAAUGAGAUGAUCCGCAAAUACUGCCCCAACUCAGUGCUUGUUGUGAUUGAUGCCAAGCCAAAAGACCUGGGAUUGCCCACAGAAGCUUAUAUUGCUGUGGAGGAGGUACAUGAUGAUGGCUCCCCUACACCAAAAACUUUUGACCAUGUACCUAGCGAAAUUGGCGCAGAAGAGGCAGAAGAAGUUGGGGUUGAACAUCUGUUAAGAGACAUAAAAGACACAACUGUGGGCACUCUAUCACAGCGUGUCACAAAUCAGCUGAUGGGCCUGAAAGGUCUGCAUGCCCACAUACGGGACAUUGACACCUAUCUGCAAAAAGUGGUGGCGGGACAACUGCCCAUUAACCACCAGGUGGUGUAUCAGCUACAGGAUAUUUUCAAUCUCUUGCCAGAUGUGAAUCUGCAAGAGUUUGUGCGCUCAAUGUAUGUGAAGACAAACGAUCAAAUGCUGGUGGUGUAUUUGGCGUCGCUUAUCCGAUCUGUAAUAGCCUUGCACAAUCUCAUCGACAACAAGAUCCAGAAUCGGGAUGCUGAAAAGAAUGAGGGAAAAGGUGACUCCAAGGAGAAGAAGGAUGCCAAAGAGAAGGAGAAAAAAGAUGAGAAGGGUGAUGGCGAAAAGAAGGAUGAUAAAGCAAAGGAAUCUGAAAAGAAGACGGCCAGCAAAAGCAAAAAGUAGAGCUAGAUAUUUUGAUGUCGUGUGAAGUGAAUGCAGUUGAUUGGGUGGAUGAGUGAGAGAGCAUGUGUGACCAUUGUUCUCGCUGUAUUUAAAAAAAAAAAAAGAAAAUGUGCAAAGCUGAAAUUUAGAUUGUAUGUCACACAAAUUAUUUCUAGCAGGAUAGAGAGGUUUGACAGAAGACAUUCAAAAAUGUGCUCUGAGAUGCCAUGAUAAGACCCUAUGCAUGGCUUCAGACCUGUUCAGUGCUAUUCAGGGUCCUCAAUCUAGAGAUCACUCAUUGAAACAAAUUUGUGUGUGCAAGCAUGCAUUCAAUCAUCACAAGAGGAAAAAAGAACAGUUCUCAACAUUUUCUGUCUUAUUUCCCUCAGAUGUUUAUUUUUUGAAAAAGCAAAAAAAUGCACUGAUUGUUUAUCAUGAAUUACUAUUUAAUAAAAGGCACUGCUGCACA